AUGAAGAAAACUAUUGAACGAGCAUUUGGCCGCAAGCUCCCGGAGUGUUUUGAUGAUUUUGAAGAGAAACCAGUAGCAUCUGGAAGUAUUGCUCAAGUGCGUGGAGCUGGUCAACAGCAAAAGUCGAAGACAAACGACGGCGACGAGAAUCUGUCAGCGAUCCCAAGAAACAAUGACCCAUUCUGCUCCCCCUUCGAGAACGGGCGUUUUAGGGCGGGAUCUAAAAGCUCUCCAACGUGUUGCGGAGCCUUCGGCCGUGAGAGGGGAGGGUCUUUUGGCUUCCUCAGGGCCGAGCUGGGCGAAGCGGUAGCGAAGCUCAGCUCAGGUGGUGAUGCAAGUGCUCAAACUUCAUUCCUGAAGGUAGAGCCGGUCGCCUAUACUCGUCUAGCCGUGCGGCUAUACAUAUUUCGACACGUAGGCGUCUAA